AUGGCUUUUGUUGCACCAGCAAGCCCAGCAACAAAAGAAACAACCAAUUAUGCCAGGUUAUGCCGUGUUCUUGUAGAUGUGGGCACUUGUGCCCUCAGGGAUUGCUUUGAUGCCAUCUGCACACCACCAACUCUUCACGCGGUCUUGGCAGCCAAUCAGCCCACCUUGCAAAAUUUGAGAACACGGAGGAUUAUGAAUGCAACACAAUGGGGAAAACUCUUUCCAGCCAUUCCUUCUUCAGUUUCAUCAAAGAAUUUUGACAUCACUCUGAUGACAACUUUGUUACGCAACAUAUGCGGUCUUGUUCCCCCAGUGACUGGAUGGGACAUGCUCCCUGCUUCCACAGACAUCAGCCGUGAGGCAGACAUCGCGAGAAUCAGACUCCUCAGAAAUACAGUUUACGCUCACGCCGAAAGCGCUUCUGUUGAUGCUGCAACAUUUAACAAACUCUGGAAGGAAAUCCGGGACACUCUACAACGACUAGGAGGAGUUACAUUUAAGGUAAAAUAGACUUCAAAUGUUCAGUAUGACAUAUUGAGUUGAUAUCUUUAGUUAUCUUAUUUCCACUCUAACUAAUCUGCAUGCCAAUGCAAUAAUUUUAAUGUGUAAUCAUGUCCGAUUUAAGGUCGCUGUUGACAACUUGGAAGUUUGCUGCAUGGAUCCCGAUAUGGAAGUCCAUUACAAAGAACUCCUUCUUCAGUGGAAAAAUGAUGAAGACAACAUAAAAGAUGAACUAAAAGACAUUGGCGUAGACAUAAAAGUAAUUGGCACCGACAUAAAAGAAAUUAGCACUGACAUAAAAACCCUCACUAAGAAGUUUGAUGACUUGGUAGAAUCAAAUGGGUCUUCCGCCAGCGAAACAGGUGAUGUGAAAAUACCAAAAUAUUAGUUGACUGAAAACCUCCCCUGUGCCCGUUAUAGACUAUACUCACUGGCAGCAAAAAUAGGACAGAGAAUUCCUAGAAGGUAGUUCUCGGCAAUUUCCACAUUCCAGGGUAGAAGUGCCCACUUUAGACUAAAACGUGUGACAGAGAUACUCAGGAGUCUUGCUUUAAUGUAAAUCUGCCGGCAGAUGUACAGUUGUGGACUGCUAAGUCCAGACUCGGAUCGUCAACCUGAUGCUUAGCCUUAAAAAACGUUGUUUCAAAAUGACCGAUUGAUUUAAUAUUGUUUUGAUUAAUCGCUGUAAAACCUGCAUGCGCAAUUUAGCAAAAUGAUGGGAUUACUUUUUCGGAAUUUACUAUAAUGUCCUCUCAAAAGUGUAGUUUCCGGAGCUCAAUUUACAGCAGAAGGAGCCGAUAGGUUCCUGACUAACAGGUUAAGAAAGUCCAUCUGACCAUCUGCAUGGGUAACAUAAAAACUGCAUUGCAAUUACAAUAGUCCUAUACUCAGCAUUUCUAACUUGUUACAGAAAAGUAUUAUAUCACGAGUUAUGAUAAGAACCUGUAAGUAUUUCCAACUUACUAGUAAGACUAACUUAUCUUCCCUAGAAAUAUUAACACUGUCUCCAUUAGUCUUUUCAGAGAUUGGCAUUAGCCACUUAUUUCAUUAUCCUCUUUUGCAUUAAAGCGAUAAUGGCUACGACAAGACAAGAGAUAAAAAUUAUGUUCUUCGGCUCCCGUCCCCUCUAGCUGCAGGUCGCGGCUGUGCACAUGCGUAGUCUCGAACUGAAAUAUGAAAUGGAUUAUAUUUUGAAUUGCGGAUAAAGAUGUGAACGUGAUUAUGAUCUUCGCAGUAGAGUACAGUAAAAACCGGCAUAAGUUAUUUAAGCACCUACAUUUGAAUAUCCAAAUAGCCUGGCAAAAAAAUAGGUUCGUGUACAAAAAAAUCACUCCAAUUUUGAUGGUCAAAAUUUUGGAUUUUAAUUGUGUGAGAAACGUCUGACAAAAAGUUAUUGUGUAUAUGUUUUCUAUGUUCUGAAUGCAAGCAUUUUUGCUGUUCAAAAUACAAGUGCUACAUCAUUAUGUGUUAGUAGCAUAAUAUUUUCUGCCAAUGGUUACACUACGACAACCUCUGAAAAAUAAGAACCUAGUAUUAAGAAUUGUAUUAAGAACCUAAUUAGCCUAAAAUUUUAGGUUCUUAUGUGCAUGUUAUUAACUUGAGCUUGAUUUUGCUUUUUCAUAGAACUAGAAUUGAUGGGAGUACUGGAUACCUCUUCGGUGUGCAGAGAGAAAUAUCAUGAGAAUGAACUUCUGUCGUCUUUCUGUACACAGUGCAAAGUGUGUAUUUGCGACAAAUGUAAAUUAUUUCGUCACAAUCAACACAACACAGUGUCUAUCCAUCAAGCCGCAGAACAACACAAAGUUGAUAUCGAAGAGAUUGUAGAAGAAAUGAAAAGAGAAAUUGCCGUUUACAAAGAGCUGAUGAAAAGAAUAGAUGAAUCCUUGAGAAGAGGCAGACAGAGGAUUGCUGCAGCACGCAUUAAAGUGAUGACGUCUGUUGAGGAACUGAUACGACUUUUACAGGAACAUGAAAAGGCUGUGAUAACCAGUUUAGAUGUAAUUGAGGGGAAGGCACAGAGAGAGCAUGCAACGCAACGAGAACAUUUUCAAAUUUCUAUGAAUCAGUUACAAACACAUGUCGAUUGGUGCAAGGAUAUUUUACAGAGAAAGAAGAGUGUUGAUAUUUUGCAAACACAUGCUCUAAUUGGCCGGUGCCGAGGUGUUCUAAAUGAGGAGAAAAAGAACAUUUAUAAACCAUCGCAUGUCAGAUACGAGAUAAAUAAAGAGCUUGUGGAGGAUGCUAGAAGCGCAGUUUCGUCGAUGGGUCAAGUUGUUGUUAGUAACACAGAUCCUUUGCAGUCGCUGGCUGAAGGAACGGGUCUGAAGGUAGGAGAAGUUGGACGCGAAGCAAAUAUUACGCUGACGACCAAUGAUUUUGAUGGAAACCAAUACUAUGAUGAAAACGAUCGAAUAGGUGUGACAGUUAAGACUCCUUCAAGCAAAGGACUUACCUACAUGAUUGAACCCGACAAAAAUGGUGAAUAUAGCGUCAGUUAUACCCCUGAUUGUUUUGGAAAACAUGAAGUGCUGAUUACUGUUAACGAUGAGCUUCUGAAUGGUAGUCCUUGGAGCGUUUAUGUAACACAUCGUCAGUACAAAUAUUCAUUUUCGAUUGGUUCACAUGCAAGAGGACAAGGACAAUUCUUCCGGCCCAUUAGUAUUGCAAUAGAUGAUAAAUCUGGGAAUGUUGCAGUUGCUGAUGAAUAUAGAGUCCAGAUUUAUAGUUUAGAAGGCACGUACCUCAGAGAUGUUGGUAAAAACAGACUAUCUUCACCGACAUCAGUAGCAUUCACCAAGUCAAGUGAACUCAUAGUUGUUUCUUCGUCAAAUUUGAUCUUUUGUUUUGAUCAGAGUUACAGUUUUGUGAAAACUAUAACCAACACACAUCUUAAGGCACCAUGCCCCCUGACUAUUGCAGGUGAUGGACGCAUGGUGGUGUGUGAUUGGGGUGACCAUACAGUCAAGGUACUGUCCUCUGAUGGUUCACAGCUAUUG